ACCUCUGCGAUGCAUCAUCCUCUCACAAAAGCGCGAUACGCUCCGUAAAAACACAUCCACGGCAGCCGUCAAUCGGGAUUGUGCACCGCACAAUCGUCAAUCGGGCUGUGCCAACACUGCUAGCAGCGCAAGCAGCAACGCAUCGCACGACAGCAACAAAAAGCACAAGCUAGCAGCGAACUACAAUCAUGCUGCGCUUGGCCUCGACGAGACUGCCCGCGGCGUUCGGCGGGUUGACGCGCCGCACGCUCGCCACGGGCCCGGCGAGCGGCGGGUCGGUCAGCGACGAGAUGAUCGAGAAGCUCGGCUCGCUCUCCACCCAAGCCUUGAUCGACGGCUUGUGGGUCAUGGGCUGGCCCGGUGCGCACAUCGAGGGCGCCCGCUCGUUGGCCCCGGGCCAGAAGUGCGCCGGCCGCGCCGUCACGCUGAACUUUGUGCCCCAGCGGCCGGACAUCCAGGCCGACAAGCCUCCCGGGGGAGAGUCCCCGGAGUACGAGGCCUUCGAGCUCUGCGGCCCGAAGGAGGUGUUAGUGAUGUCGAGCGUGGGCCCCUGGGAGAGCGUUGGUGGUGACAUCAAAUUCCUCAGACUGAAGCAGUUAGGUCUGGGCGGCCUCGUCACCGACGGUUCUGUAAGAGACACGGACGAGAUCAUCAGUUACGGCUUCCCCUGCUUCUCGUAUUCCACGACUCCUAGACAGGGUCCCGCGGUGAUGCAGCCCUGGGAGUGCAACGGUGUUAUUAAUUGUGGGGGCGUCGCCGUGCGGCCCGGCGACUGCAUUGUGGGCGACCAGGACGGUGUGGUGGUGGUGCCGGCGGCCAAGGCCGAGAUGGUCUACUCCAUCGCCCACGGGAGAGAAGUGAUCGAGGAGAUCGUCAAGGAGGAGCUCACGAAGAACCCGGGCCCGCCGGGCCGCUUCUACCCGUUCAUGUCGGGCAAGAUCAAGGUCGACUCGCCGCUGGGCAAGCUCCUCGCCACGAAGGGCAUCACGCCGGAGAACUCGAACCAGUUCGAGGGCACGGCGAACUGGUAGGUUCCUAUCUAUCCCCUGGGGGGCGUCGUCCUUCAUAAGUCCGCCGGGGCUCG